AAAAAACUAGCCUCGAGAGAGAGAACAUGACUUGGCUUUUCAAAUUCAUUUCAAAGCCUAAUUUUUUUUUUCCCUGUAUCUGAGAACUUUCUUUCAAACUACCUUCGGCCUUCAAGGCAACUUCCAGAUUUGAAAUAUCUCAAGUACUACGUACAAUAUAAAACCAAUCCAUCGAUCGAGAUCUUGAUCAAAAUCAUCAUUGAAAGAGAUCUUGAUCAUGGAAUUGCAAAUGGUAUUAUUUCGGAUGCUUGUGUUAGUGAUCAUGUGCUCAGUUAAUCCAUUCGCGCGGGCAUCAGAAGUAAUAAACAGUUCAUGUCUAGAAGAUUGUGGGAAUGUAAGCAUUCCAUACCCUUUUGGAAUUGGAAAUGGUUGCUACGUUGGAGAUUGGUUUGAGAUAGUUUGCAAAUCAUCAAAUGACUCUUAUGAUCCGAGAUUUCUAAAACCCUUUUUAAAGAAGUUCAACCGAGAGGUGCUGGAUAUUAACAUAACUGCAUCCACAGUUCGCGUCGAGUAUCCCAUAUUUUCGAGCUGUACCAAUGGCAUGGAGAGCACAAAUAAUUCGGAGUUAGCGAAAGCUCCUUUCUUCUUCUCCGACAUCAACAACAACUUCGUUGCCAUGGGUUGCCACAACGAUGCCUCCAUGCGGUCCAUUUUUCCCGAUCCCUCGAUUUCAUAUGGUGGGUGCAAAUCCCCUUGUGACAAAGCUCCAUUCACAUAUGGAAGUUUUUGCAACGCCACAAACUGUUGCCAAACUGCAGUCCCUUCUCAUCUCCAUGCAUUCUCUACAGUUAUAGAGCCAAAAAAUAAUGGCCGUAGUGAUGAGUGCAACUACGCAUUUUUGAUAGACCGGAAUUGGUUUGAGACCAAAUUCACAAAGCCGAAUCCAAAUAUGUCUGUUCCAGUAGUAUUAGAAUGGGGGAUUGACAAUGCUUCUCUCUAUUCUCUUCCCACAGUGAAAAACUCAAACUUGACGGCAAUAUUGGAAUACAAUAGCUCAAUGGCCUAUUAUUGUUCUCGACCACAGAUCACGAGGAUUGGAGACUCUAGUGCUCCUAGGUGUCGGUGCAACAAUGGCUACAGAGGAAAUCCCUACCUUCUUCGAGGAUGUCGAGAUAUUGACGAAUGUGCAAGCGCUCACCUCAACCGAUGUGCAUAUGAAGAACGCUGUGAAAAUACUGAAGGCUAUUACCGUUGUGUCCCUUCUAAUUAUAAGAGCAAGAAGCCUUUCAUAAUCAUAGGUGUUAGCACAAGUCUUGGUGUAUUAUUUCUGAUUUUCGGUGGAUGGUGGUCAUACAAAGUGAUAAAGAAAAGGAGGAGGGUUAAACGCAAGGAGAAAUUCUUCAAACAAAAUGGUGGACUACUGCUAGAGAAACAACUAUCUACAAACAACAAAGACAAUGUUGAGAACAUCAAAUUAUUUAAUUCAAAGGAAUUGGAGAAGGCCACUGAUCAAUUUAGUGCAGAUAGAAUAAUUGGACAUGGUGGACAAGGCACUAUUUACAAAGGUAUGUUGGCAGAUGGAAGAAUUGUUGCAAUUAAAAAGUCCAACAUAAUAGAUGAAGAGAAACUUCAAGAAUUCAUAAAUGAAGUCGUGAUUCUUUCAAAAAUUAAUCACAGAAAUGUGGUUAAGCUACUUGGCUGUUGUUUAGAGACGGAAGUUCCGCUUCUAAUUUAUGAAUUCAUUUCUAAUGGAACUCUUGCCCAAUAUCUCAAUGGGCAAAAUGAGAAGUUUCCACCUACAUGGGAUAUGCGUUUACGAAUUGCUAUAGAAGUUGCAGGGGCUCUUUUCUACUUGCAUUCAGCAGCUUCUUCACCCAUUUACCAUCGUGACAUUAAGUCUACAAACAUCCUCUUAGAUGAGAAGUAUAGAGCGAAAAUAGCAGAUUUUGGAAUUUCAAGAUAUGUUAAUAUCGAUCAAACUCAUCUAAGCACACUAGUACAUGGAACUUUUGGAUAUGUAGACCCUGAGUAUUUUCAGUCAAGCCAGUUUACGGAUAAGAGUGACGUUUAUAGUUUUGGUGUUGUUCUUGCUGAGCUCUUAACGGGAGAAAAAGCUAUCUCAUCAACAGGAAUGAGAGAUACUAAAAGUUUAGCUACAUUUUUUGUUAGUUCGAUGGAAGGGAACAAUUUAUUUGGCAUCCUUGAUAGUCAAGUUUUGAAGGAAGCGGAAAAAGAAAAAAUCAUUACGGUUGCAAACCUUACGAAAAGAUGCUUGAACUUGAAAGGAAGGAAACGACCUACAAUGAGAGAAGUUGCAAUGGAAUUGGAGGUCAUCCAAAUGUCGCAAAGAGCUUCUAACCUUAAGCAAAAAUAUGGAGAGAUUGAAGAUGUCGAAACUGAAAUAUCAGAGCAAUAUGAUGUGACCUCAUCUUUAGAUUCACAAUCAUUAUUAUUAUCUACUUAAUCAUUAAGUGAUAUUACACAUUGAUUUGUGUCCUAUUAUAAAUGUUUGUUCAAUUUCAUCUUGUAAGCUUCAUCUUAUGUUAGUAUAAAGCAUAGACAUCCAGUUUUCUUUUCAUU